AUGGUAGAACUCGAAGAGUUAACGAAGAACCAAAAGGUGUUUGCAGAUGCAAUGGCAUUGUUGGCUCGAGAAAAUCAGGAACUCAAGGAUAGGAUCGCUCAAAGCAUAGGAGCAGCGCGCCAACAUGAUGAAGUAAUUUCAAAGGCACCGGAGCCCAACCGUGACCGAAGAAUCAUCGGAACUCAUGCCAACAAUCCGGAACCAUUGGAUAGAAGCCCUUACAGAGGGAGUAGAUUGUCCGAUCCAUAUUUUAUCCCCGAAGAUUCAGACUACUUCGACAGCAAAAACCGAAGAGCUGAACGACCUGCAGGCGAAGAGGAUCACCAACGGGCAAUGGAGGACCUUCGUGCUGAGAUGAUGGCCGAAAUAAAGCAACUAAAGGCAAGACAAGGAGGAGGAAGACUAGAAGAAGUAAUGAGGGAAGCCAGCACAACACCACUAACUCCGCACCUAGGCAAAGCUCUCAUCCCCCAGAAGUGUCCCAUACCCGCGUUUGAAUGUUACGAUGGAUCCAGCGACCCCGCGGCCAUCUUGGAUAGGAAAGAGAUUGAGAAAGCAAUUCGAGGACUACUGCGAACUGUACAAAAUCGACGGGGUCAAGUUGAUGACCACGAAGAAUGUACGAACGCACCAAUCACAUUCGACAUCGAGGAUAUCGAAGAUGACAUUGAGGAUCACAACGACCCCUUAGUUCUCAAAUUAUCCAUCGCAGGGUGCAAUAUCAGGAAGGUCCUCAUCGUUGAAGGGAGCUCGGUCAAUGUACUGUUCUAUGACACGUUCAAACGAAUAGAGAUGAAUGACGAGCAGUUGAUGUCUUCGUACUACACCAUAUACGGAUUCAAUGGGGCCCCAACGAAGCCUUUGGGAGACAUUGUGUUACAAGUGAACGCAGGACCAAUGAAGGUUGAUACACGAUUCAGCGUAGUGGGCUCUCAUUCCCCUUACAAUUCCUUCAUCGGCCGAAGAUGGGUACACAAGCUCAAAGGGGUACCAACGACCUAUCAUCAGUACCUUAGAUUUCCAACACCCGAAGGGGUAAUGGAAAUAAAGGGAGAUCACGUCACCGCCCAAGAAUGUCAGACCAUACAAAAUCAUCUCAAUAAUGAACAAGAUGAGCAACGUAAAUCUCGAAGAAACCGAAACAAAGAAGCUGCCAAAGAGAAAGCGAUUGACCUUUAUCUCGAAGAAAUCUCCGGAAAAAGUCUGACAAAGGAGAGCAUCGUUCUAAACACCGAAGCAAGUACCUCGAUAUCUAACGGGGUUGGGGAGCCUACCAAAUAA